AUGUCAGCCCCACUCAAGCUCGCCGUCAUCGGCACCAACUGGAUCACCAACUCGUUUGUGCAGUCAGCCCACGAAAGCAAGAGGUUCCAACUUGUGGCAGUCUACUCCCGCAGCCUCGAUACAGCAAGAAAGUUCAUCUCAGAGACGCCAUCGAUCACCGAUGCUUCUUCCGUCAAGUCCUACAAUGACUUGGACUCGUUGCUCUCGGACGGCUCCGUCGGGGUUGAGGUGGUCUACAUCGCCUCGCCUAACUCGCUCCACUAUGAGCAAGGACUACAGGUGCUGAAUGCCGGAAAGCACGUCAUCAUCGAGAAGCCGAUCGCCUCAAAUGUCAAGGAAAUGACGGCUCUAUACAGCCUCGCCGACUCAAAGGGGUUGUUCCUACUGGAGGCUUUCCGGCACAUUCAGGAGCCCAACUUCCUCAAGCUACAGGCGUUGCUGGACAGCGAGACGAAGGAGGGUGGUAAAUUUGGUCCCAUUUACGGUGCCAGUGUCUCCAUGGCCUCUUACUCUUCUCGGUACGCCAAGGUGCUCCUCGAAGGAGAGGAGCCGAACGUGCUUUCACCAAAGUUCUCUGGCGGAUCCUUGUGGGACAUGGGUUGCUAUCCUGUUAUGUUCUCAGUUGGUCUGUUUGGAAAGCCUGCAGCGCAGACUUACUAUCCAGUUAUCAUCCGCACGGGUGUCGAUGGCGGGGGACACAUAAUUCUGCAGUAUAGCACAGAGUCAUCCAGACACAAAGCCAAGUUCACCGUCCAUGCUCACACGAGCAAGAUAUACACGUCGACCUCACCCACAGAAAUAUACUGCGAGAAGGGCACUAUCAGGGUCAAUGGUGCCACCGGGGUUACUGAUAUCAACACUAUCGAGUUCUUCCCUCGCGGGUCAAAGGAAGCUGAGCAGCUAGGAGAUACGAAGCCCGAGUAUCAAGGCUUUCUGAACCUGACCUGGGAGGCCAAGGAGCUUGGACGUGUAAUCCAAGAAAGCGACAAGAAGACAGAAGGCAGGCUGAGGGAGCUUACCACUGAUGUGCUGACGGCGAUGGAGGAUAUGAGAAAGCAGAACAACAUUGUUUUCGAAUCCGAGAAGUAG